AUGGACUAUGACUUCAAAGUGAAGCUCAGCAGCGAGCGGGAGCGGGUCGAGGACCUGUUUGAAUACGAGGGCUGCAAAGUUGGCCGAGGCACUUACGGUCACGUCUACAAAGCCAAGAGGAAAGAUGGGAAAGAUGACAAAGAUUAUGCUUUAAAANUGAAUUAUGCUUUAAAACAAAUAGAAGGAACUGGGAUUUCUAUGUCAGCUUGCAGAGAAAUAGCACUACUUCGAGAGCUAAAACAUCCAAAUGUCAUCUCUCUUCAAAAGGUGUUUUUGUCUCAUGCUGACAGAAAAGUAUGGCUUCUCUUUGACUAUGCUGAGCAUGACCUCUGGCACAUAAUCAAGUUUCACAGAGCUUCUAAAGCAAACAAGAAGCCAGUUCAGUUACCUCGGGGAAUGGUCAAGUCACUAUUAUAUCAGAUCCUAGAUGGUAUUCACUACCUGCAUGCUAACUGGGUGUUGCACAGGGAUUUGAAACCUGCUAAUAUUUUAGUUAUGGGUGAAGGUCCUGAGCGAGGAAGAGUAAAAAUUGCUGACAUGGGCUUUGCACGAUUAUUUAAUUCACCUCUGAAGCCUUUAGCAGAUUUGGAUCCAGUAGUUGUAACAUUCUGGUACCGAGCUCCAGAGCUUCUUCUUGGAGCGAGACAUUAUACCAAAGCUAUUGAUAUUUGGGCUAUAGGGUGUAUAUUUGCAGAGCUACUAACUUCAGAACCAAUAUUUCACUGUCGACAAGAGGACAUCAAAACUAGUAAUCCUUAUCACCAUGACCAGCUGGACAGAAUAUUCAAUGUAAUGGGAUUUCCUGCAGAUAAAGAUUGGGAAGAUAUAAAAAAGAUGCCUGAACAUUCAACAUUAAUGAAAGAUUUCCGAAGAAAUACAUAUACCAACUGCAGCCUUAUCAAAUAUAUGGAAAAACAUAAAGUUAAACCAGACAGUAAAGCAUUCCACUUGCUUCAGAAGUUGCUUACUAUGGACCCAAUAAAGCGAAUUACCUCAGAACAGGCUAUGCAGGAUCCUUAUUUCUUAGAAGAUCCACUUCCUACAUCAGAUGUUUUUGCAGGUUGCCAGAUUCCUUAUCCUAAACGUGAAUUUUUAACGGAAGAAGAGCCUGAUGACAAGGGAGACAAAAAGAACCAGCAGCAGCAGCAGGGCAAUAACCAUACUAAUGGAACUGGUCAUCCAGGGAAUCAAGACAGCAGUCAUGCACAGGGACCCCCAUUGAAAAAAGUGAGAGUUGUUCCUCCUACCACUACCUCAGGUGGACUGAUCAUGACCUCAGACUAUCAGCGUUCCAAUCCACAUGCUGCCUAUCCCAACCCUGGACCAAGCACAUCACAGCCACAGAGCAGCAUGGGAUAUUCAACUACCUCCCAGCAGCCUCCACAGUACUCACAUCAGACACACCGGUACUGAGCUGCAUCUGAAUAAUGUCAAUGCACUGUUGCUAAUGCUGCAGGACUGACCAUGCAGCUCUCUGCCUGGAACCUGGUAUGGGCCAUGCGAAUGUACUGUACAACCACACCUUCAAAAUGUCCAAUAGCCAAGUUCCACCACUUUUCACAGAUUGGAGUAGUGGCUCGC